CUAUUUCAGUUCUAUUGGGCUUCAUUUUUCCGGUAGAGGACGACGGUCUAACUUCUUCACUUUCACGUACCUCGCAAAAUUUCCCAAAGAUAUUUCCAAUUGCCGAUCAGUAGGGUUUAUCAAUUCACUAUCUCCGGCCAGGCGGUAGGGUUUAUAGUAAAUUCUCCUUCCGCAUCCACCCAGCUUUAAGGGGAGCAGAAUCCGAGCUCGGCGGCAGUGCAAGAGUCAGUCGGUCUUAAAAUGGCUAGUGCGCUUUCCAGAACUGUAAAUCAUUUGCGUAAAGCGUAUCGAUUUGCAAACUCCCACCACGUCGGUCAGUUUCGCUCGGUAACCUCGGUGCCGCCAUCGUCCGUCCUCGAGAGUCUGCCUCUCUUUCGCUCGAUAGCGCCUUUGGACUUCCGUAUUCCGCCAAUUUCUAUCGGGCAGAGAUUUCUGUUCAGGUCCAUUCAAACAGCUUCUCCUGCGGGUACUGUCGGCUCGGAGAGUGCGAAGAAGGUGGAGGAAGCUAAACCGGAUGGAGGCGAGAAAUCUGGUGGGAGUUCAGAGCAAGGCGGCGAAGCUGGGAAACCUGUUCGCGGUGGGCCCGUGUCGUGGCUGAGUUUUGUGUUGCUGGCCCUAACUGGAGCCGGAAUCAUAUUCUAUUACGACAGGGAAAAGAAAAAACACAUUGAAGAAAUAAAUAAGAGUUCUCAAGCUGUGAAAGAGGGGCCAUCAGCAGGAAAAGCAGCCAUUGGAGGACCUUUUACACUUGUCAACCAUGAAGGAAAGAAGGCUACAGAGAAAGAUUUCAUUGGGAAAUGGACAGUGAUGUACUUUGGUUUCACUCACUGUCCGGACAUUUGCCCAGAUGAACUGCAAAAGCUUGCCUCUGCCGUUGAAAAAAUAAUAGAGAAGAAAGCAGGAUUCGAGAUUGUCCCAGUCUUUAUUUCGGUUGAUCCUGAGAGGGACACUGUCGAUCAAGUGCGGGAGUAUGUCAAAGAGUUUCAUCCGAAAUUAGUUGGACUGACUGGCACACCAUCUGAUAUAAAGAAUGUUGCUCGUUCGUAUCGAGUUUAUUAUAUGAAGACUGAUGUAGAAGAUUCUGAUUAUCAAGUUGAUCACUCCAUCGUCAUGUACUUGAUGGGUCCUGAUAUGCAAUUCGUGAAAUUCUUUGGCAAAAAUCACGAUGAUGAGUCGCUUGCGGAUGGCAUCAUUAAGGAGAUAAAGCAGUACCAAGGACAACAGGUGAAAAAGGGAGCCCCAACCCUGUAGUAGUAGUGUUUUAGAGUUGUUUCUGAUAAUGUUCGAAUCCUUGCAAUUGGACGAGCUUCGUGCACGGAUCGAAUCUGCUUAUUUUGUGGAAGGUCAAACUCAAACUAGAGAUUUAUAUAUGCAACGGCGUAGCAGGUUGUGAAAAAAAAAAAAACUUUGUUAGGAUUGAGACACGUUAUUUUUAAUGUGUUCCGAAAGUUUUAAACCCAUUCUGCUUUAUAGGAUGCAAGCCUCUGUUGUUUCCUGCGUCUGUGCUUUAUUAUGGUCUUUUAUUCUGGUUUCUUAGUUUACAUGGACAACAGCCAAAUCGGAUGCGAACAAUUGAACAGGUAGCUUCUACAUUAUGGUUUCUACUGUUAAUGCUUUGUUUUUCUUAUUCAAUCGGCUAGUGUGGCGGUUUCCUGAGCAUUCGUUCGAGUUUAGUUAUUCUUGGUCUCUGUCGCUCGUCGAGAGAUAUCCAGUUGUGUGUUGGUGAAGAGCGAAAAUG